ACGGGUAGGCUGGCCGCGCGCACGCGCACGGAGCACGGGCCACGCCAGCUUAGGUGGAUUUAGGUGAGGAGGGCGGGGGUGUGCCUGCAGAGCCCUGGCGUACUGCUGGUCUCACUCCGUGUUAGACUCCAAGCAGGACUCGAGGCAGAAGCAGCAGUUCUGAGGAGAGAUGUGGGACUGAUGCAGUUCUGUCUACAGAGCGCGAUGCGGUGACGCGUCUAAAGAAUCAUGGCAGCGACUGACGAACUGGCCUUCCAUGAGUUCGAGGAAGCCACAAAUCUUCUGGCAGAGACCCCAAAUGCAGCUACCACUAGCCAAAGUGAUGCACUGACCUCAAGAGAGCACGUGGCUGUGGUUAUGGAAUCAGGUAUUGGCUAUAGGGCCGAAGAGAUGGAGGAAGAGGGUGACAGGACAUCGCUUCUACAGGAAGAAAAGCCACAACCGAGAUUCUGGACGUUUGACUACUAUCAGAGCUUCUUUGAUGUGGACACUUCCCAGGUCUUGGACCGGAUCAAAGGCUCGCUGCUGCCUCACCCGGGCCACAACUUUGUGUGGCACCAUCUUAGAAAUCGGCCUGACCUAUAUGGACUGAUGGACCUGGGACUCCAUGUCCCCUUUACAGGACCCUUCUGGAUCUGUGCUACCUUGGCUUUUGUCCUGGCAGUUACUGGCAAUCUCACUUUGGUGCUUGCACAGAGGCGGGACCCCUCCAUCCACUACAGCCCCCAGUUCCACAAGGUGACUGUAGCAGGUGUUACCAUCUACUGCUAUGCGUGGCUAGUGCCACUGGCACUGUGGGGCUUCCUCCGGUGGCGCCAGGGCACAAGGGAGCACAUGGGGUUGUACACUUUCCUGGAGACAGUUUGUGUCUAUGGCUACUCACUCUUUGUCUUCAUCCCCACAGUGGUCCUAUGGCUUAUCCCAGUGGAGUGGCUGCAGUGGCUCUUUGGAGCACUGGCUCUGGCCCUGUCAUCUGCUGGGCUGGUGUUCACACUGUGGCCUGUUGUCCGAGAGGAUACAAGGCUGGUGGCUAUAGCACUGCUGUCCGUUGUAGUGCUGCUUCACGCUCUCUUGGCGCUAGGUUGUAAGCUGUACUUCUUCCAGCCACUGCCUCCGGAACAUGUUGUACCAGGACCGCAAGCCACACCUUUAUCUCCCAGUGUCAUGCUGCCCACCUCAGCCCGGUCCAUGACAACCUUCUAGGAAGGCCAAGCCUGAAGGGCAAACACAAGGGGCCACUACCUAUCCUCCCUGUGAAGACCGGAGGAUUCUUGGACCCUGGAGACCACCCUGCUACUUUGCAGGCUUUUCUUACAA